AUCGCAUACGUGCUCCUGGAUUGUGUGCUGUUUACCAGAAAUUGCCGCAAAACUCGCAGUGUCGUCUCGGUCGUCAUAAUGAAUGGCCUUCGCGUAACCCGUAGCCUUUGCAACAUUGUGGGAAACCAAGCUUGGUCUUGCCCCUCAGCGCUUCCAAGUGAAUACGCAGCAACUGGCGGUAGGGCUGGUGGCAGCGCAAGCUUUCGCCCACGGCGCUGUCUGCACUCAUAUCGGAACAUAUAUGCCGCCUCCGGCCUUCAAUCUUCGGUCUCAAGAACGAUGGGCCUCUACAUAGGGACGUCUUGUCGUGGUUGUGCGCUAGCAGCAGCCGUUCCAGCAAUGUCUCAGGUUCCAAAGCGCUACGCAAGCUCGCUAUCUGGAAGCAGUGGCGGCGGCGGCUCAGAGCGAUUCAAAGACAAAGCAGCGAUGGGGCCAUUUUCCGUCCCCUCAGCCUUACUCUUCCUCUUGACAGGCGGCGGAUUGCUCUACUACUUCCAGUCCGAGAAAAAAAAAGUCGAAGCGCGCAGGCUUGCAGAGAAAGCAAGUGCCAAAGUGGGGAGGCCGCGAAUCGGUGGGCCGUUCGAGCUCGUGGCCGCCUCGAUCGACCCGAAGACUGGCACACCUAGCGGCGCCAAGGUCACACACGAAGAUCUGCAAGGCGCCUUCUCGCUCGUCUACUUUGGUUUUACGAACUGCCCGGAUAUAUGCCCGGAAGAACUCGACAAGAUGGGCACCGUUGUCGACGCUGUUUCAAAAGAGUUUGGACCUGUAGUGCAACCGGUCUUUGUCUCCUGCGACCCUGCUCGCGACACGCUCGCCGCGACGGCCAAGUACGUCGCCGAUUUCCAUCCUCUGCUUCUCGGCCUGACGGGUACGUACGAUGCUGUCAAGAACGCAUGCAAGGCGUACCGGGUCUACUUUUCCACUCCGCCCGGUGCAGACCCCAGUGGUGACUACCUCGUCGACCACUCGAUCUUUUUCUACCUUAUGGAUCCUGAGGGACGCUUCGUCGAGGCGUUCGGCCGGAGCGUGGGUCCAGAAGAGACGACGGAAAAGGUCAAAGCUUUCAUCAAGCAGUGGAAGGAUGCAGGGAAUGAUAUCAGAAAGGCUGAUGCCAAAGUGAAAAUCUUUACGGAUCCCGCGAGACGCGUGGAGGCAGAGGCCAGCUGAAAGUGGGCUUGAAUUCGUGGGGGCAUGAACAGUGCAUUUGUAAAGUAAUACCACACCACAAGCAUCACCCCAGAGAGUAGAA